AUGUGGUUCGAAAGGGUCGCCGGAAGUGGGGGGCUGCCGUGGGGGGUUGGCACCCUUAUGAGGAGGAAGAAGGUGGACUCUCAUAGGGACAGAGCGGAGGGAGGCCAUCACCAGCUCGCCAAGGAGCUCUCUGUUCUCGAUCUCAUCGCUAUUGGUAAUGACAACUUCUUGUCGUAGGCUCCAUGGAAGAAGGAUUCCUCUGGUUUUCCUCCAAUUCCUCUAUCAGCCCAAUCGUUUGGACAUCACCGAUUCAUGAAUCCUCUCUUUCUUCUUUGGCAUGGUAAAUUUUUUACGAAAAAGAUUCCUUCGUCCAACCUCUUGCGGCAGCUAUGAGUUACAUCCCUUCAGUUGGCUCUUCCGCGCCCGGGUUCUUCCUAGAGGGGGGGCUCGGUCAGAAGAGGGAGCCAGAGUUGUUGCUUUGAUCCCGGCUCUCCUCUUGGUUGACCCAGUCUCAUGUAAAUAGGCAGCUUCAUCUACUUAGCUGACUAAAUAUUACAUACCUCUCAAUUUUUUCACUUAUUUGUAUAUUUCUGUCUUCAGCGCUUGCUUUUGAUGCGUAAGAGAUGUUUUCUUGAACUUCCUCCAGCAGUAGACCGCAGGAAAUAGGCAAGUGGGUUAUGUUCAUUCCUGGUUGAUGGGUUUGACUUUCAUCUUAUAUAGAGGUCGAGAUAGAUCUUUAAACAAGUUUCCUGAUCUGGGCUCCUGGGAUCUUAAGUGCACCGGUUACCCCUGAUAGGAACGCAGUUGUUGCCACGGCUUGGGAAGAACAAAAGUAGACUUAUGUAGGACCAUUCAUGAGGAGAAGAAAAACCGUGAAGGAAACAGGAGUUAAGCUCCUGAAAGUCAACCAUACGAAGACAAUGACCGCCGAUAUCCUCCCAGUACUGUACAGAUAUGCUCCAAAUUAAGAUUUCUAAAUAUUUCCAAAUUAAGAUUUCUAAAUAGUAAGUUGAGAGCUGAGAGCAUGAAAUACCUCAUUCUUCAACAUGCAUCAUUUAACUGCAUAUCUGAUCUUUCUCAUUUCCUUUUUCACUAAAUUUCUUUUUGGUCAGCAGAGAUCAUCUUAAAAUGCCUGUAACAUAAAAAUGCUGGUCAUAAUUUCCCCCGAGUUCAUCAAUAAAAUCACUUAAAGAGUCUAGAGAGAGUAUUCCCUCUCGAGUCUUGUUAUAGUAUAGAUAGAAACCGUGCUGGCUUUCAAGAGGGUCAAAAAAUGGUGUUCUAUAAAACAAGGCAUAUUUAUUUGAUCAAAAUGUAUUAGCGUGGAUCGUCACAGUUCGUCAUUUUUGUACCUUGCUUCCUUGGUCUUGAUCUCUCUUCCACCUGAUGGUUCAUCUCAAGACAUGGCCUGUUUUUUCGUGGUGUUUUUUAAAAUUCAUUUUUAAAACUUUUCUCUUUUUCUGUUUUCAGAAUUCAUUUUCAGUUGCAUUUCAAUCCUUUUUACCCGUUCACGUUCGUCUUCAUCCCCUUUGACCAGUGACAGGCAUUCUGUUUGGCUACUCUCAUACAGCCAGGGGGGCAUACUGUAAUUUUGUCUUUCGCCUUACUAAUAUGUAAUAGACGAGGUGUUUCACCAUUCUAGCAUUGCUCAUACUUCCAAAUAACAUGUUUCUAAGUAAGGUAGAUCCUUGGAGGUCAGAGAAAGGGGCCAAAAAGGAUCAUAAUCAGAUAUCCUUUUCACAUGUUAUUGAGAUCUUGUCCUUGAUUUCAGGUGUUGGAUCAACCAUUGGAGCAGGGGUGUACGUUCUUGUUGGAACAGUCGCUCGAGAACACUCGGGACCAGCUUUGACGAUUUCCUUCCUGAUCGCUGGCAUAGCAGCUGCUCUUUCGGCCUUUUGUUAUGCAGAGCUUGCCAGUCGUUGUCCAUCUGCUGGAAGCGCCUAUCAUUAUUCAUACAUUUGUGUUGGAGAAGGGUAAUUGAUUACACUAAAGCUUUGCUUUGUGGGACCCAUCGUUCAUGAGAGUUGGUGACGACUUUAAAUUUUUAUUUAACUUGUACUCGGCUCUCUAUAAUUUCACUAACUUCUUGGCAUUGCCAGUGUUGCUUGGUUGAUUGGCUGGGCUCUAAUACUGGAAUAUACAAUUGGAGGCUCAACUGUUGCUCGUGGGAUCUCACCCAACUUGGUACUGUUUAAAAUUCUUGCUGAUAAUUUUUUUUCCUAGCCUUUCUAUUGGUCUAAAUAACUUUCUCCAAUGAAAGAAAUUUGACUACCAGCAUUAGUUAACGUGAUUUCUAUCUGGGAUAUUGUUAUUAUGUGUGAUUUUUGUUGGCUAACUAAGUUGAUGUACAGGAAAAGUCGCAGGGUCUAAUGCUCCUCUCUCUUUAGGAAAGACUCAUUCUGUCCAGCAGCUAUAACAAAUUAUCCCAGCUUGUAGAUUCUACCAGGUUCCAUUGCUGUAGGGCUCUUCGAUCCAUUAGUGUACCCAACCUUGUGGUGAUAUCACUACUAAGGUAAACCCAUCAUCACGAAGAUGGGGCUUACUCUGGUCGUGGCCGACUGAUCUUGAGUUUGGUGACCCAAUAUUCUUCCUACGCUAUGAGAGCUGAAGGCUGUUCUUGGGCUGCAUGCACCUGAUUUAAUUGUUAAUGUGGAGAAGUCCAAAAGCUGUCCCCUACUUAAGAGGGUGUGUUGAGAACGACCAUUCAUUCAUUACUGCCAAGGUUAAGCCCUGUGACUAUAAAGAGGGGCGCACACCACUGAUGAGCGACUUGUUCAUGUUUAAAUGAAUAAGGUACAGCGAUACUUGCUUGGUAUCGGUUAAAUUGGUCGAGCCACUUGCUGCUGCAUAUCGAAAAAUCACCUGCAUCUUUCCCAAGAAGGGAAAUCCUGUGAGGUUAUUUGUUAUAUAGCUGCCCAUAACAUUAUUCUCAUCAGUAUAGAAAACAAACAGGCUGCCUCCCCAGAGGGUAGUUUUGUCAUGCUUCAAGGUCUCCUAAUGAAUGCUUACACUUGACUAGAUCUUCCUGCUAACCAGCCAAUGUUUGGGAUAUUUCAGGCGUUUUUCUUUGGAGGCCCAGAUAGUUUGCCCUUUAUUUUUGCCCGAGCUCAUCUACCAUGGCUCAAUGUUGUGGUCGACCCCUGCGCUGCUUUCCUUGUCCUGGUGGUCACCGCUCUUUUAUGCGUCGGAAUAAAAGAGGUGAUGCUCCCCUCCCCCACCCAGAGAUCACUGCACCUGAUUUCCAUUGCUUCCAUGGACCUGACCUUUGUUCUUCCUCCCCCCCCCUGCAGAGUUCUUUUGUGCAAUCCAUCGUCACAACUGCGAAUGUCUUCGUCAUGAUAUUUGUCAUCAUUGUUGGCGGAUAUCUCGGCUUCAAGACUGGCUGGAGAGGCUACUCUCUUUCCAAUGGGUACUCUGAAACCGGACUCCUUCUGAGAUUGUUCUUAGUUGUGUCCCCAAGUGUGGUGACUAAUUCAUCUGGGUUCCCAGGUACUUUCCUUUCGGUGUGGAUGGCAUGUUUGCUGGGGCUGCCACAGUUUUCUUCGCGUACAUAGGCUUCGACUCUGUCGCCAGCACUGCUGAAGAGGUUUGCUGCGGAUUUAUUUCUCUACUAACCAAUAUGUGGCUAUUUUAAGCACUGACUGUUGCUCGCGUUGCAUGGUUAAUUUUUUUUGGGAACUUCCCUCGUUUAAUCAUAUGCAGGUGAAAGACCCUCAGCGUGAUCUGCCAUGGGGAAUUGGAUUGGCUCUGUCUACAUGCUGCCUCCUGUACAUGCUCGUGUCUGUCGUUAUUGUCGGCUUGGUGCCUUAUUUUGCCAUGGAUCCAGACACCCCCAUCUCCUCUGCAUUUGCCAGUCAUGGGAUGGAGUGGGCAGUGUGAGUCUCUUCUGCGUUUAACCCCGUGCUCAUAAUGCUCCAUAGCACUGGCCGCCACACUGAUCCCUAACUCUUAUACGAAUUUAGGUAUGUGAUCACAGCUGGCGCUGUUCUUGCGCUCUGUUCAACCCUGAUGGGAUCCAUUCUACCUCAGGUAUCCGACCAACCAGAUCCUUUGGCUUUUCUAGUGUCUGGGUUUCCAAUUUCCAAUCUCUCUCUGCCUGUUCGACCAGCCAAGAAUACUGAUGGCGAUGUCCAGAGACGGGCUGCUCCCGCCCUUCUUCUCAGAUGUCAACAAGAAGACUCAGGUUCCAGUGAAGGGCACAAUUAUGACCGGAGCCUGUGCAGCGCUUUUAGCCUUCUUCAUGGAUGUUUCUCAGCUGGCAGGAAUGGUGAGCGUGGGCACGCUUCUCGCCUUCACCACUGUGGCGGUAUCCAUCUUGAUCCUGCGAUAUGUGCCUCCCGAUGAGGUGCCGCUACCGUCAGAAUUCCAUGAAUCCAUCGAGUCGGUCUCAUCCCGGUACAGUGGUAAUGAUCUCGAGGAGAAGGUCGAGAAUGAGGGCACCUCCAGCAGCAGCGAUCUCGAAGGAUCUACUGACUUCCCUCUCAUUGUGAAGGAAACCGAUCAAGGUAAUGGUCGGUGAAUAAUAACCACAUUAAUCUCUGUUCGACUGAUUAGCCAUUUGUCAUGCUGCAGAUAGGGUGAGCGAAGAACGACGGCGGAAGAAGGCGGCUGUCAGCAUAGCUUCUGUGUGCAUCGGAGCGGUCCUCCUUACUUCUGCAGCUUCCGCCGGAUUCCUGCCCAGGUGAGUUGGGCUUGGGGAGUUUCUGUUCAUGGUUCUGAUUUGCUUUAAGAACGAUUAUUAUCAUAAAAUGUUUUAUGGUUGAUCAGUGAUUGUGCAUUUUAAUCUCUGGGUUGCCCAGUUUUCAUCUAUAUGAUAUAAAAAUAACCAGCUAGAAUGGGAUAUUUGUUCUCUUUUAGGAAAUUAAUGAUCGAGCCUUUGCUUGGGAGUUUCCUCAUCAUGAAUCUGAUUCAUUUUGAUAAUAAUUAACAUCGUAAAGGAUUUUAUGGGUGAUAUGUGAUUGUGUUUUCUGAUCCCCUGAUUACCCAUUUUACUCUUAAUCAUUAUAUAUCGGUUCUUUCUCCUUGAGAAAAUUGACAACCAAGUGUUUACCUUCGCUAAAAAAGUUAGGACUUUCUCCUCCAAAGCCGGUGUUGUUAAAGAACUGUUUUUUUCUGUUUUCUUCCAGCCUUGUACGGUACACAGCAUGUGCAGUCGGUGCAUCGCUCCUGUUGGUUGGCCUCGCUGUGCUCUCUUGGAUCGACCAAGACGAUGCCCGCCACAGCUUUGGCCACGCAGGAGGUGAACUCUCCCUCGCUUCCUUUCUCUCUCUCUCUCUCCCCCUCUGUGUUCUCUCCCUUUCUCUCUCCUUCUGACUGUUAACGCAUCAUAUGGUUGUCCACAGGGUUCACUUGCCCGUUUGUUCCUCUGCUGCCGAUCUGCUCUAUUCUCAUCAACGUAUACCUGCUCAUAAAUCUCGGGUGAGUUCCCAAAGAUCACCGCCUAUGUUCUUCCCCACCAGAUGCCCCUUUCUUCUUCAUUGGAUCCACCAAUCGAAGCUUUUCUCAUCUUGGGCUCUGCCCUGAACCUCUUCCCCUUCUGCUCCCGCUCCCCUCAGCGGCAGCACAUGGAUGAGGGUCUCUGUGUGGCUGGUGAUCGGAGUAUUCGUGUACCUCUUCUACGGGCGGACGCAUAGCUCGCUCAUCAAUGUGGUCUACGUGCCGACGGCUCACGCCGAAGAGAUCUACAACCAGAGCUCCGAGGCCAUUGCCUAG